AUGGGUCGUGCGAGCGGCAUGUGGGGGGAUUUUAGUUUUGUCCUCGUGCGCAAGAUACCCCAGGAAGAGGGAAAGGAGCCCACAUUCAAGAUCGUCAUCAAGAGCGAGUACCUCCUCAAAGCAUGCAAAGAUGUUAUUGUAUCAUGGCCUGGUGUCUCGUGGAACUCAGACCCCCUUGAGGUCGACCCCGAAAUGUUCCUUACUUUCCUAGAAGAGUUCACGGCAUAUCGUGAUGCCCUCCAGGCCAAGAAACGAUCCCUCAUGGAGACUCACAUCCUCUCCUCCGUCAACCUCCUCCUCAACUUCCUCCACACCGACUUUCAAACCACCAUUCACCGUAUCAACACUCACAAAGCUCAUCGCGAAACAAGCUUUGACCUUCUAUUUGCUAUCCUCGUCCCCCGCACUCUCCUCGUUACAGAAUGCGCUAUAACCGGUCGACCUAGGCUGUUCAAGUUGAUGUCGUGGACUCGGGUGGUAACGAACACGUGUUCGUACUACCAACUGUUCUGCGAAUCGAUGGAUUUGGUGGACCAUCAAGCUACAGCUACCGUGUUACCGGGAAGAGUGCAGACGAUGAUCAUCCUUCCUAGUUUCAAGGGAACAAUCCCUAUGUCCGAGUUGGAUGCGUAUCCCUUGAAAUACCACGCAUACCCGGAGAGGUUGAAAGAGGGCAUCCUCAGAAGAGGCCGUAAAUGGGUUGACAUCAUUGGCGUACAUCAUAUGGAGUUUGAUGGAAUUGCUGCGUUUAGGACGGAACAGCAUAAGAUUCGAAGGCAUGCUGUGACAGGGAGGAUUAUGAUUGACCGUACGACUUUCAAACGGUUUAAUCCCAACUACAAGUACCCCAUUCCCGUCGGUGGAUCAUCCAUAAGAUAUUCACCACCUAUAGUCAACGAAUGGGGGGAUUUUAGGCCGCCUCCGCCUCCGACACCUCCUUACGAAGACGGGCUAGCGAACAGUUUGUUUGCAGGAGACCUGGUCCAAAGAAAAUCUCCAAACGACGGGAAAGACACUCAACAGCCCGACUUGUCGGAGGAGGAACUCCUCCUCACUUCCACUGUCGUCUAUGGGUUCUCGCUCCCGGAUAAACUAUGGCUGGAAUUCGACGUCGAAAAAAUCACCUCAGUCCAGUGGAACCAAGAAGCCUUUGCAAAUCUCGUUCUACCAGACGGCAGGAAACAGAUGCUACAAGCUCUAGUCGAAGCUCAUCAUCAGGAACUUGGAUUUGAUGACUUCAUCAGAGGGAAAGGACAUGGGCUUGUCAUUAACUUGUUCGGUCCGCCUGGCGUUGGUAAAACCUUCUCUGCUGAAGCUACAAGUGAACAUGUAAAGAGACCUCUUUAUCUCGUUGGAGCGGGGGAUCUCGGAACCGACCCUACGAGGUUGGAUGCAGCACUCGAACGCGUAUUUGAAGUGGCAACGGCUUGGAAGGCUAUUGUGCUGAUCGAUGAGGCCGACGUCUUCCUUGAACAACGCUCACUACAUGAUCUAGACCGGAAUGCGAUGGUGGCAGUCUUUCUCCGCCACGUCGAAUACUACCGUGGCAUCCUCUUCCUCACCACCAACCGCGUGAAAGCGUUCGACGAAGCCUUCCUCUCCCGUAUCCACGUAGCACUCCACUUUACAGAUCUACCCAUCGAGUCCAAAAUUAAAAUAUGGACGGCUUUCAUUGCCAAAGUCGGAGCUUCAGAUAUCAUCGGCCCAGACCAAAUCGAGGUGCUGGCGAAACGAGAUGUUAACGGGAGACAGAUCAAGAAUGCAGUUAGGACUGCUAAUUCGUUGGCUGUGGGGCGAGGAGAGAGGUUGGAGUUGAGGCAUUUUAUGGAUACAUUGGAUGCGAUGGAGGAGUUUGAGAGAGAUUUUGAAAGCGUUAGGGCGAAUUGA